AUGAGUGAUGCAGCCAAACAAAGUAGUCUGACAACACAUACUAUUGUAGCUGAUGCUGUGUCCAAAUUAUCUGAUAAUGCUAUCUCAUCAUUACCAAAUUUACUAAAUCUUAAACGCAAUGUUCGAAGAAUCCGACAACGAAGUGAAAAUCCAUUAUCAUUACCAACAACUCGUGAUUCCAUUGUCAUUGAUCCGCAGUACAUAAUAACAGCUCGCAAUCGAAUAUUUUUACAUUUCAAUUCGGGACCCAUCGAUCAACGUAUAUUAAUAUUUUCAACAAAAAGACAAUUAAAAAUAUUGGAAAAUGCAAAUUAUAUAUAUUUAGUUGGUACAUUUAGUGUAGUUCCAGAGUUGUAUUUCCAAUUAUAUAUAAUUCAUGCUACAUAUUUAAGUCAUAUAUUACCAGUUGUUUAUAUAUUGCUGCCAGGUAAGAAACAACGUUUAUAUAAAGAAAUGUUUCAACAGAUAAAGAAUUUAAUAUCAAAUUUUGAUCCAUCAAAUAUUAUGAUUGAUUAUGAACGUGCAACUAUUAAUGAAAUUAAAAAACAGUUUCCAAGUUCAAAGUUAUCCGGAUGUUUUUUUCAUUUAUGUCAAAAUGUUUAUCGUGCUGCUAUACGUUUUGGCUUAAAGACAUUAUAUAGUGAAAAUGAAGAUUUUGCAAAACAAAUUCGUUCAUUACCAGCAUUAGCACUGUUACCUGUUCCUGAUGUAAUUCCUAUAUUUGAUGAAAUAAAGGCGCAAUUUUCAGCAGAAGGUGAACCUGUAUUAAAAUAUUUUGAAGAGUAUUAUAUAGGUGUCAAAGGUCGUUUAUCACGGCCAAGAAAAGCAACAAAAUUUGAUAUAUUAUUAUGGAAUAUUCGCGUCGUUAAUAAAUUGCAGCCACCCAAAUUUUUGGAAAUUUUUACAUGGUUUAAAAAAGAACAAAGUUAUGUUGAAGGUGAAAUUAUACAAGCAAUAGCUGGUGUUAGAAAAUCGAGAAGAAUACAUCAAAUACGCCAAGAAACACGUAUUAUGAACAUCAUGAAUGAACCAACAAUAACCAAUUUUGAAAAAGUUAUGGCUUUAGCUCAUAUUAUUUCGUGUGUGGGUGUGGGUGCAUUAAAGAUAAUAUUCACACCUACACCCACGCCCACACCCACACACCCACACCCUACACCCAGUGUAUUCAUGUAUUUGGAAAAAUCCCUAACAGAUGUAACAGAAAGUCAUGAUGUUAUAUAAACGAUAAAAAUUUUCAAAAGAUUUAUAUCUAAACAUGUCAUCUUUAUGGCAGUUAGAUCUAGCUGCUGCAAAUUGUCACGUGCUGGUAAAGAUAUUAAAAUUGGUGACAAAUUUUACUAAUAUAAAUUAAUAAAACGUUGAACAAAAAUAAAUUAAACACUGAAUAUUUUUAAAUUAAUUACUGAGUUUUUCAAAUUAUUUACUAUACUAAAACUAAUUUGUUACUGGACAAAAAAUACUGAGCAAUUAAAUACGAGGUUUAACGUUAAAUGAUAACAGUUCUUUAGAAAAAAUGGGUAAGUUUCAUGAAAUUAGUAACUUAGGUAGUUGAAACAUAACAUCAAAAUAAAGAAGAAUUGAUUGAUUUACAGAUUCCACUUUUCCAGAGUUAUGAAAGUCAAAACAAAAAAUAGGUAUCAUUCAUCAUAUUUCUCUUUAUAUUUAGGCGAUCGUAAUAGGAUGCUACAAGUGGUUUACAUUCUUGGAGUAUUUGUGCUGAAGUUUUCAUAUGUUCAGUACGUACGAUGAGCAAGACUCGCGACAGAAUGUAGACUUGCUCCUGAUUUUCGGAGUAGCUGCCUAAUUCGACUUAUAAUAUAAAUGCACAAAAUAUAACCACACUAUUCAUAGGAAUAGAUUUACUUCUAGUUCUAGUUCCAGUUAUACAGAUAUACAUAGAUACCCAUGUUAUUCGUAGGAAUAGAUUUAGUUUUAGUUAUAGUUAUACAUAGAUAUACACAGUUACCUAUAUUAUUCAUAGGAAUAGAUUAAGUUUUAGUUAUAGUUAUAUAGAUAUACAUAGAUACCCAUGUUAUUCGGAGCAAUAGAUUUAGUUUUAGUUAUAGUUAUAUAGAUAUACA